GUUUGAGGCUGUCAGCUCUGGAGGCUGUGAGACCCCUGAUUUCCCACUCCACACCUCUAUAUUUCUGUGUGUGUGUCUUUAAUUCCUCUAACGCUCAGGCCCGCUCAGUUAGGGUCUCCCUGACCAAGCUGGUCUUGGCACCUGUCUCUACAGAAAAACACAAAAAUUAGCCAAGCAUAGUGGUAUGCAACUGUAGUCUCAGCUAUUUGGGAGGCUGAGGUGAGAUGAUCACUGCAGGGUGGAAGGCAGAGGCAGAGCCAUGAUCGUGCCACUGCACUCCAGCUUGGGCAGCAGAGCAAGUCCUCAUGUCAAAAAAAAUUAUAUCUUAAAAUCCGGAGGGAUUAAUAUAAUGCAUCACUAAGUAUAAAAAGCAAGGUACACAGUAAUGUGUAUUAUAUGAUCCAAUUUUUGUGAAAGACAAAACAAAUUAAAAUUUGUAAAUAUUAUAUAUAGGUUUGUAUGAGCAUAGAGAAAGAUAUAGAAAUGUACAGAACAGGCUGUUCAUCUCAGAAACCAGGAUCUGAAAAGAGUUGAGGAACUAAAGUUAACUUUUUAACCAUAACUGUUUGGUUUUACUAGUUAGGAUGAGAUUUAUAAUUUUAUUACGUUUUUAACUUAUAAAGAAACUAUAAAGAAAGACUCCAGCUGCCAACAUGUACGUGUAAUUGUAAAAUAAAGUCUGGGAGUAAUCCAGUGGGUGUGGCUUAAAGACAUAGAUCACGUGUGGAAUUGGAAUUGGAUGUUACACAAGCAAACAAAAUAAAUAUCUGUGCAAUAUAUCUGCUUUAUGCACUCAAGCAGAGAAGAAAUCCACAAAGACUCACAGUCUGCUGGCGGGCAGAGAAGACAGAAACGACAUGAGCACAGCAGGAAAAGUAAUCAAAUGCAAAGCAGCUGUGCUGUGGGAGGUAAAGAAACCCUUUUCCAUUGAGGAUGUGGAGGUUGCACCUCCUAAGGCUUAUGAAGUUCGCAUUAAGAUGGUGGCUGUAGGAAUCUGUCGCACAGAUGACCACGUGGUUAGUGGCAACCUGGUGACCCCCCUUCCUGUGAUUUUAGGCCAUGAGGCAGCCGGCAUCGUGGAGAGUGUUGGAGAAGGGGUGACUACAGUCAAACCAGGUGAUAAAGUCAUCCCGCUCUUUACUCCUCAGUGUGGAAAAUGCAGAGUUUGUAAAAACCCGGAGAGCAACUACUGCUUGAAAAAUGAUCUAGGCAAUCCUCGGGGGACCCUGCAGGAUGGCACCAGGAGGUUCACCUGCAGGGGGAAGCCCAUUCACCACUUCCUUGGCACCAGCACCUUCUCCCAGUACACGGUGGUGGAUGAGAAUGCAGUGGCCAAAAUUGAUGCAGCCUCGCCCCUGGAGAAAGUCUGCCUUAUUGGCUGUGGAUUCUCGACUGGUUAUGGGUCUGCAGUUAACGUUGCCAAGGUCACCCCAGGCUCUACCUGUGCUGUGUUUGGCCUGGGAGGGGUCGGCCUAUCUGCUGUUAUGGGCUGUAAAGCAGCUGGAGCAGCCAGAAUCAUUGCGGUGGACAUCAACAAGGACAAAUUUGCAAAGGCCAAAGAGUUGGGUGCCACUGAAUGCAUCAACCCUCAAGACUACAAGAAACCCAUCCAGGAGGUGCUAAAGGAAAUGACUGAUGGAGGUGUGGAUUUUUCGUUUGAAGUCAUCGGUCGGCUUGACACCAUGAUGGCUUCCCUGUUAUGUUGUCAUGAGGCAUGUGGCACAAGCGUCAUCGUAGGGGUACCUCCUGCUUCCCAGAGCCUCUCAAUAAACCCUAUGCUGCUACUGACUGGACGCACCUGGAAGGGGGCUGUUUAUGGUGGCUUUAAGAGUAAAGAAGGUAUCCCAAAACUUGUGGCUGAUUUUAUGGCUAAGAAGUUUUCACUGGAUGCGUUAAUAACCCAUGUUUUACCUUUUGAAAAAAUAAAUGAAGGAUUUGACCUGCUUCACUCUGGGAAAAGUAUCCGUACCGUCCUGACGUUUUGAGGCAAUAGAGAUGCCUUCCCCUGUAGCAGUCUUCAGCCUCCUCUACCCUACAAGAUCUGGAGCAACAGCUGGGAAAUAUCAUUAAUUCUGCUCUUCAGAGAUGUUAUCAAUAAAUUACACAUGGGGGCUUUCCAAAGAAAUGGAAAUUGAUGGGAAAUUAUUUUUCAGAAAAAUUUAAAAUUCAAGUGAGAAGUAAAUAAAGUGUUGAACAUCAGCUGGGGAAUUGAAGCCAACAAACCUUCCUUCUUAACCAUUCUACUGUGUCACCUUUGCCAUUGAGGAAAAAUAUUCCUGUGACUUCUUGAAUUUUUGGUAUCUUCAUAAUCUUUAGUCAUUGAAUCCCAGUGGAGGGGACCCUUUUACUUGCCCUGAACAUACACAUGCUGGGCCAUUGUGCUUGAAGUCUUCUAACUCUGUCUCAGUUUUCACUGUUGACAUUUUCCUUUUUCUAAUAAAAUGUACCAAAUCCCUAGGGUAAAAGCUAGGGUAAGGUAAAGGAUAGACUCACAUUUACAAGUAGUGAAGGUCCAAGAGUUCUAAAUACAGGAAAUUUCUUAGGAACUCAAAUAAAAUGCCCCACAUUUUACUACAGUAAAGGGCAGUGUUUUUAUGACUUUUAUACUAUUUCUUUAUGGUCGAUAUACAAUUGAUUUUUUAAAAUAAUAGCAGAUUUCUUGCUUCAUAUGACAAAGCCUCAAUUACUAAUUGUAAAAACUGAACUAUUCCCAGAAUCAUGUUCAAAAAAUCUGUAAUUUUUGCUGAUGAAAGUGCUUCAUUGACUAAACAGUAUUAGUUUGUGGCUAUAAAUGAUUAUUUAGAUGAUGACUGAAAAUGUGUAUAAAGUAAUUAAAAGUAAUAUGGUGGCUUUAAGUGUAGAGAUGGGAUGGCAAAUGCUGUGAAUGCAGAAUGUAAAAUUGGUAACUAAGAAAUGGCACAAACACCUUAAGCAAUAUAUUCUCCUAGUAGAUAUAUAUAUAUACACAUACAUAUAUACACAUAUACAAAUGUAUAUUUUUGCAAACUUGUUUUCAAUCUAGAACUUUUCUAUUAACUACCACGUCUUAAAAUCAAGUCUAUAAUCCUAGCAUUAGUUUAAUAUUUUGAAUAUGUAAAGACCUGUGUUAAUGCUUUGUUAAUGCUUUUCCCACUCUCAUUUGUUAAUGCUUUCCCACUCUCAGGGGAAGGAUUUGCAUUUUGAGCUUUAUCUCUAAAUGUGACAUGCAAAGAUUAUUCCUGGUAAAGGAGAUAGCUGUCUCCAAAAAUGCUAUUGUUGCAAUAUCUACAUUCUAUUUCAUAUUAUGAAAGACCUUAGACAUAAAGUAAAAUAGUUUAUCAUUUA